UCACACGAGCAACAUGCACGCAACAACAUCAGACAUGGCUUCGGACAGGAUAGUCGACAAGAUUGCCGCGCUGCCCGCCGACAGCACGUAUUUCUCGCUGGAAUUCUUCCCGCCAAAGACGCAGCAGGGUUUCGCAAACCUCCACGCCCGUCUCUCUCGCAUGGCACAUUCAUUACGGCCACUCUUCGUCAAUGUAACAUGGGGUGCCGGCGGCAGCACAAGCACAAAGUCUCUGGCUCUGGCAGAGAUGACGCAGCGUCAAUUGGGACUCACCACUUGUCUGCAUUUGACCUGCACCAACAUGUCGCGCAAGCUCAUCGACGAAACUCUGGAACAAGCAAAAGCACUGGGCAUCAGAAAUAUCCUUGCUCUGAGAGGCGAUCCUCCGAGAAGCGACGAGUACAGAUCCAACGAGCUGGAGAACCAGGAAGAGGAUGACAGCAACAAAGAAUUCACGUGGGCUGUCGACUUGGUACGAUACAUUCGCAAGGAGUACGGACACUACUUUUGCAUCGGCGUGGCUGCAUACCCAGAGGGCCACUCUGAUCAAUCCCACCCCGAGCACCAACAUGCUACUUACGACCUCCCAUACCUGGUCGAAAAAGUCGAGGCUGGCGCCGAUUUCCUCAUGACCCAACUUUUCUACGACAUUCACGCAUAUCAAGAUUACGAGAGACUGCUGAGACAGCACGAGAGCGGCCUUUUCAAGUCCAUCCCCAUCAUUCCUGGUCUCAUGCCCAUCCAGAGCUACCAGAUCCUCAAGAGAACCACCAAAUUGAGUCACGCAAAUCUUCCUUGCGAGGUUGCAAACAGACUGGAACCAAUCAAGAAUGACGAUGAGGCUGUGAAGCGUGCUGGUGUCGACAUUCUUAGCGAAAUGGUCGAAACACUAAAGAAGAACCCCUAUCCCGGACCCAAAGGAUUCCACUUUUACACGCUCAAUCUCGAGAAAGCUGUCGCACAUAUCGUCGAGCGCUGUAAGCUGAUAGGCGCAGUCAAUGAAUCUGCCGUAGAAGAGGACGAUACACCAGUUGCAAACGGCAACGGUGACAAGAAAACAAAAGCCCGCCGUAGAUCUUCCCUCGCCAACUCGGCACCCCAAAACCGCAUCGUCAUCGACAAGACUUCGAGAUCAGAAUCCCACGGUAGUGCGUCUUUCGAGGCCUUUGACGACGAGGCCGGCGUGCCAGGCGAAGACCCACCGUCCCGUGCAAACGCUCUAGCAAUCUCCGAAGGGGAAGGCGCUCUAGGACGAGAAGCAACAUGGGACGACUUUCCCAACGGCAGAUGGGGUGAUGCUCGCAGUCCAGCAUACGGUGAAAUCGAUGGUUACGGUGUGAGCCUGCACGUCUCCAUCCCGAGUGCCUUGAAGCUGUGGGGCUACCCCGUCGACCCCAAAGACAUUACAAGCAUUUUCGCGCGCCACGUACGCGGCGAGCUCGAUGCCAUACCAUGGAGCGAAGAAGGUCUCAACCCAGAGACCAAGCUUAUCAAAAACGAAUUGGCCGGUUUGAUAGAAAAGGGCUGGUGGACCGUCGCUUCUCAGCCCGGCGUGAAUGGCUUCCGCAGUGACCACGAAAUCUUUGGCUGGGGACCACCCGGUGGAUUUGUCUUCCAAAAGCCUUUUGUCGAAUUCUUCUGCUCGCACAAAGACUGGACACGCCUCCGCGCCAAACUCGACAAGGACGACCAAGUAACCUAUUUCGCCUGCAACGCCAAAGGCGACUUUCAAGCCGCCGACGAAGAAUCCCUAAACCCAGUAACUUGGGGCUGUUUCACCGGCAAAGAGUGCGUGUUUCUCCUCCCCCACUACUUCUUGAAAGCUAUUUCCCAC